ACCUCGCGCCAUUCGUUACAGCCUUCCUGCAGCUGCAGCACGGCCAUUCAGGCCCCAAAUUGAUUGGUUCAGUUCUGAUCACGCCAUCUCCCCUUCGUGCUCUCACCCUGGUCCGCUCAUUUCCCCUAACACCUCUUGUCUGAUCAGGCAUCCCAGGGUUGUUGGGUUAGCCAGAUUCCUUGCUUUGUCUCACGCUCUGCUGCUGCCAGCAACCCUGUUCCCACAACAAUCUCGGACUCUUGUCACCGAUGAUCCCCGAGGGGGAACAACAACUGUACUACUUUCCGCUGGCCGGCAAAAUCCUCCUUCCCCUUUCCAAUUCCAAGCUCGGCCAAAAGCGCCCCGCUUGAACGUGCCCGCCUAGCAUCUCCCAUCUUUUGGCAAGCCGCAACAUUGGGAGCUUGAUUUCCGAGGCAGCACGAUAGCAGGUCCGCUGCAGCAGGAGAUCCCUCGGCAGCAGCUGCUUGCCCGACGCGACGGGCACCUGCUCGUCAAUAAGAGCGCACACCAGCCGCAACACAGCCAAUCACGUUACGGAGAACUCCUCUGCGUUCUCCCUUACAAGGCAAUAAUCUGCCUAUCUUCCCAGCAUAGGAGGUUCCUCUGGUGUCUCAGCCGUCGAUAUUGACGAGAUUUCCUGGGACGAUUCUACUUUGGUUCCCAUGGCUUUUUCCCCGAUGAGCUUCAUGGAUGCCCUCCGCGUCGCCGCGAAGACCAAGGAUGCGCCACCAGCGUGGCUGCCUAACCGGCAGUGGCCGGCAGAAUUGACGGACCCCGCCUUUUCGCCGACCGUCAAGAAGCGGAAGCCGUGCACAUUCGAGCCGUACGCGACGCCGCAUCUCACGUCGCUCUCGGCUCCUGACGGCGCCGUACGGGCCGUUUCAUCGCCGUCGUGUUCCGUUUCGUCUACGAAGCUGCUUGUGAUGCCGAGCGGGCCGUUCCGUAUCGACUCUCCUGGUUUUGAAUCGUCUCGCGAAACGACCUCCCGAGCGGCCAACUCUGAAUCGGUUCCUCCGUUCGUUCGCGCGAUGACGACGCCAGCGGCGCGGCAAUCGCAGGUUCCUCUCGGUGACGUCUCCCCGCUCCGGUUAGCCGAGUCGCCGCUAUUGCGAACAUCCACGUGCCGUGCUGUAACAAGGAGCUCGCUUUCGCGAAAUUUCGGGAACCGCUUCGGCGAGCUCGCGACAUCUUCGUCUGAACCGAAUCUAACUCCUGACAGCGAACUCCAGAGACCGCCAGUUCAGCUGACUAGCUUCGGCGAUCUGCAGUCCAGCAGGGUGAAACGGGGGUUUGCAUCCUGUAAUGAUGUUACCAGCAACUGCUCGCUUAGCUCGGGCUCGGAUUGGGUGAAUUCGUCGGCGCUUGCGUCGUCGUUACGCGGCGAAAACGCUGGCCGAUCGGUGGCUGAUCUGAUUGAUCCUGGGUGCGCGCUGGUGCCGGAGUUAGGGAAAGCUGUGCGACUUUUGCGAAAGAAAUUGUCGCAGGAGCGACAGCAUCAGCCGCGAAAACCUCCAGUUCCGCUUCCAACGACGACAGGGGAAGAGCACAAGCAGAUUCGGCAAUCGUCGGAGUCACUCUGUGAGCAGUCGCAGAAAUCUUCGCAGAAAUCGCCUGUAGAAGACCCACAAUCCUCGUCCAUGUCCGUCCCAACGGAGGGCAAUCACAGCCGAGAAUUAAGCCUGCCCGAGAUUCUGCAGUGGGAGGGGGAGGUCGUGGCGAAGGGCGCCGGGCAGCAGCCUGAAGCGACUUCGGGUGUAAACUCGUUCCACAAAUUUCCGAUAUGCGCGGUUGGUAGAGCGGGGAAGGGGGAGGCAUCGAGCGGCGGUGCGGAAUCAGCACGGGCGGUUGCGGAAGGGUUUGGCGGAGAGGUGCGCGACGAGGAUAAGCUGUGCAUCCACGAUCUACUGGGGCAAAUUUCGGGCAAUUAUAACGGGGAGGACGCAGUAGCGGGAGCCGCGAAGGGGGAGACGGCAGAAAGCAUGGAAUGUGACGGUCAGGUUGAAAAUUACCACGUGCCCAAGUCCAGUGUUCCUUUGCCCUUUUCUCUGGCACCAAGUGGAGCAGAAGCAGCACCAGCAAGCAUCUCAGCUUCGCCAAACAUUCGUCGGAAAAGGCCCCCUCCGCCUCCCCCAUUGGUGGACGUUGCCAAUGUGGCAUCUGCCGCUUUUGCCGAAAUGUGCAGCUCGGAAGGCGGAUUUCCCCCGGAAUCCCAAGAAACAGCAGCAGAACCACCAGCAGCAGGAGGACCAGCACUGACGCCUACAGCUGGAGCAUCAGCUGCUGCCUCAAUAGCAGCAACAGCAGAGCUGCCAUGCCCCACACCUACAGGCUGGGGAACUAGCCAAUGGGGCCGGUUGUUUCCUCCUGAACCUCCCACUCCAUCAGCCAUGGGAUCUGCUGCGGCCUUUAUGGCUUGUGCUGGAGGCGGCAAUGCUGGCGGCAGUGGUACUGGUGGUGCCAGUGCUGGUAAUGUUGGCAAUGGUGGUGGUUUUGCCUCUUUGUGGUCAGAGGCAUGGACGGAGGGGUUUAACGUGGACCUCUCUGGCUUGACUGACAACCCUGCCUUGUGGUGAUGGCAAUAAGGAUUUGUUUUAUCCCUUCCCCUAAUGCUUUGACUUGAUUCGCUCCCCUCAAUAUGCCUCUCCAUGGUCUUCUGCUUCUUCCACCUGUCAAAAGCCAUGCUGGCAGUAUGCUAACAAUUUCGACUGACGGCAUCACACAUUGUGGUGCCGCAUUGUUUCAUUGCUGAGCUUGGGGGGGCUUGAAAGGAUCCCAACCCCCUCUAGACAACAGAUUAUGGUGUGCACCAUACUGUAACCUGCACCAUACUGUAACUCAAUGCAUCAGAG